AUGUUUACUGGUCAGCGGGUGAAAAGUUUUGCAGCUUCAAGGAAUAUCAAUAUGAUUACUUCGACUCCCUAUUAUGCACAUGCUAAUGGGCAGGUAGAAGCAGCAAAUAAAAUUUUGAUAAGUUUGAUUAAAAAGCAUAUUGGAAAUAGGCCUCGAACAUGGCAUGAAACUUUGAGCCAAGUGUUAUGGGCUUAUCGAAAUUCACCAAGGGGUUCGACAUGUACUUCACCAUUUAAGCUAGUGUAUGGUCAUGAUGCAAUACUACCAUUAGAAAUUAAUUUGAAUACUUUGAGAGUAUCGAGACAAAAUGAUUUACCAGUUGAUGAUUAUUGGAAUGCAAUAUUCGAUGAGUUGAAUGAAUUAGACUCAGAACGAAUUUUGGCACUUGAUAAUAUGAUUCGACAAAAAGAAAGUAUUGCUCGAAGUUAUAAUCAUCGAAUCAAGGAAAAGUCUUUUAAUACAGGGGUGUGGCUAUGGCAGCUCGACUUUGGCGUAUGGUGGCAAGCUGUUCUUGAAUCUGAAUUAAUUCUGACUCGAGUCUUGUUUUUUCUUGAUCAUGAAAAGCUUGAACAGAAAUAG